UCUCUAAUUUAAUAAAUAUUGUUUAGAUUUUAUUAAAACAAUGGGCGGAAAGAGCUAUUUUUGCGAUUAUUGUUGUUGUUUUAUGAAAAAUGACUUAAAUGUACGCAAAUUGCACAAUAGUGGCAUCGCCCACACGAUUUGCAAAACCAAUUAUUUGCGACGCCUAACAGAUCCAAGAACUGUCUUGGUAGAGGAACGUCUUAAGCAGCCUUGUUUGCGCUACUUUAGUGGCUACUGCAAGUUUGAGAUGUUUUGCAAAAACAGCCAUUACAGUAAAAAGCAGUUGGAAAAGCUGGAAAAAUUGGUUUUAGCCCAAAACAGACGGGAGAGCCGAAAAAAGAAGAAACCCAAAAAGUGGCCAUGGAAGACACUACCACAAAAAGGACUGCCUCCGUCGCUGCAACCCAUUGACUUGGCCCUGCUUAAGAAAACCAAUUUCGAUCUGAACUGGGGUUAAUUAGCUUUUCUAUGUUAAAUAGUUUAUUUAAAUUAAACUUAUGUAUGUACAAUAAACAUUAAGAAUUCAAUAAUCCAA